AUGGAUUGGUGGAAGAAGAAGAACAACAAAUCACCACGAGCCGUUCUCCAAAGACAGAGGUUGGUCCGAGAACGAGAGAGAGGGGAGAUACUGCUGCAAGAGACCAUCCAAUGUUGCGACGGCAAAUCCAAUCCCAUCAAAUGCUUCUCAGCCGAUGAGAUCCUCGAAGCCACCGACACUUUCAGCGAGUCUAAUCGUGUUUCUCAACUGUACGACGAUUUUCCAUUCGACUGGUAUUCAGGUAAGCAGAAAGAUAACAACAACGACCAUCAUCACACGAUACUCAUCAAGAAAUGGAGGUACAGAUUAAACGAUCACAACCGAGGAAACUUUUGCCGCGACAUAGCCAUGUCAUCGAUGGUUAGUGGUCACAAGAACUUCCUGAAGCUCAUGGGAUGUUCUCUCGAGUCUGAAAAUCCGGUUUUGGUUUAUCACGCUGUGGAGAAGAAACCUACGAGUUUAGAUCUGAAAACGGUAGUUUCGUGGAGAGAGAGGUUAAAGAUAGCAGAGGAUAUUGCGAUUGCUUUGGCUUACCUUCACACUGCUUUCCCAAGGCCCUUCGUGUAUAGGAUUAUGCGUCUCGGAGAUAUCUUGUUGGAUGAAAAUGGAGCCGCCAAGCUGAGUAACUUCUCUCACUGCGUCUCGAUUCCACUAGGAGAAACAUUUGUCAAGCUAGGGUUUCGUUGCGUAGGUGGAGACUAUGAUUACAUGGAUGAUGAUUAUCUCCUCAACGGCGUAGUCUCUGAGAAAACCGACGUCUUCAGCUUUGGGGUUUUCAUGCAAAAGCUUUUGACCGGAGAAGAAAGAUUUCGUGAGCUUAAUGGUCGUCGGACUGAAUGGCUAGGUUCAUAUAACAUGAAUGUUCCGAGGUGCUGGUCCAAUACCAUCGGAGAGUUUAGCAUAUAUGCGGUCGUGGAUCCACAUUUGUUAGAGAAAAUGGGUCGAGUUUCAGAAGAAGAGCAUUGCCAAAUGAAAGCUUUCCUUGUCCUCGCGGAAAGAUGCAUCGGUCUUGGAGGGGAAGUUCCGAAAAUGGUGGAAGUUGCUAAAGAGCUAAAGAGAUUUAUUAAGAACGCUUCUUCUCCUUCUUAUUCCACUGAAAUCCACAUGUAA